AUGCACAGGUCUUCGCAUAGACGUCGUCAACCUUCUGAUUACGUCAAUCGUGAUGCGUCGCCAUUCCUCAACCAGGAAUUGUUGCAAUUGUUGUCUGUUGAGCGGGGGCUGUUGUCUCCGUCGAAUCUGGCGAUCAAGAUUGCCAUCAAUGAUGACAAGUUCGGUGGUCUAAUUGCCACAGAUGCCUCCCCACACCAUUACACUACCACUUCCGAAAGGUUCGACUUCAUUAAUGCAACAACGGGCUGUACGUUCUCCUCUGCGUCGAUACACUCUCACUCUCCCAUCCCCACGGAAAAGGCAGAACCUACUCUCAUCGGUGAUGGAUUGGUCGAGCAUCCCGGAAGUGAAGGGUUGAACCGUGCGGCUGCCAAACUGAACCAAUCUUCGGAGACGUCCACGCUAUGGUGGUCGAGCCUAUAUUCGUGUGAUAUGCUUUGCCGCAUCGUUUUGACAGUUUUACUUUCUUCGUUAACUUUAUUUAAGACGACAACUCCAUCCGGGGUGUUCGAGAUCGGAUUCCUGUCCUACACACUAGAGUAUGGAAACCGACAAACCACAACCGAAGAGCCAGCCGCACGCGACGUCGAUGCCAAGGGGAACGUGACGUCACCAUCGGGUCACAAUGUCACUGGAAAUGCCACGGAACCUUACAAACCAUGGCAGACACCAGCGAGAUGUUCGGCUCCAUCGAGAUACAGGUUCCACGUCUGCAUGGAGAGCGUGUCUUCCAACAAAACUUGUGAUUUGGGACACGAAGAUAUUCCCCUGACCCAGAUAGACACCAGUCAGGGGUCAGUAUUCGUCACAGGGCGUGACCGCGUGCAGUUCAAUAACAGACCCCUUCGGACGUCACCGACAAGACUACCGAAUCCUAUUCAGUACAGAUUCCAAUCAUGGAUGGGCUCUCUUGUUCUAAACGUGUACGUGGAAUGCUGUGGGACUCCUGAUGAUAUUCAGAAACGAUGUAAAGAGAAGUUGUCACUCAACGUCACUGCCACGCCCUUCACUGGCGUGACAUCACCACGCUAUUCGAGGAUUACCAUCAGCGGGAAAGCCACGCUCGUUCUUAUGCUAUCACUCUACUGUCUUCCCAACUUCUACGGUCCGAAAUGUGAACGAUUCUGUCAAGUCAGCAACCCAAACGAGAACAAGAUUUGUCAUCCUCAGACCGGUGAACUCAUCUGCCGGCCCGGACUGAAAGGCGAAAGAUGCAGUGAAGAUAAGAACGAAUGUGACAAGGGAAUCUGUCAAAAUGGCGGCGACUGUGUCAACUAUCCAGGAACAUUCCGUUGCUUCUGUCGAUCACAGGUUACCACGGGCCGUUUUUGUGAGUUCAUCAUUCCAAGCUGUCCAAAAAACCCUUGUAAAAAUGGCGGCACGUGCGAGGAGACAAACCCUGAUUACAAAUGUCAUUGUUCCAGUGGGUGGCAUGGCCUGACGUGUGAAAUGAAGACGGCGGACUCGGCCACAGACCGGGAUACUGACCAGCUCAAAGCUGCAGACUCCCUCAAACUCAGUGUUUCUGAACAAGCGAAAUCAGUUUCUAAUGAUCCGAACCAGGAUGUUGAAGAAACACAGAAGGAAGACUUCCACAUUUGGUAUAUUGGUCUUGGUCUGGUGAUUUUGACAAUCGUGGUCACCAUCAUCCUCAUCGUGUGUGUCAUCUGGACAGGGAAAAGAGGUCAAUAUAAAGUUCCAUCUGCUGCUCCUCCGACGAUAGUCUCAAUUUCAACCCAACCAGGAGGAAGUUUCGAUAACGACAUUUACUUCUGUGACCCGGAAAUACUCGAUCUGCAACCUAGAAUUCCUCCUUCGUCCUCGACGCACUACCAAAGGACACUGGUACACACAGACCGAGAAUACACAAAUGUCAGACCGCUGUACGAAGACCGAAUACAACCGGACUGCGUGACGGAAUCACCUGGCAACAGUUACGGGGCAACCAGAGAACGAAAACUAAGCGCCCAUCAUCUUCUAGAGAGCAGACGCUCUAGUGAAGCAACAAAUGUCUACGUUGACUGGAACAAUAGUGUGACGAGUAGAGAAACAGACAACCCUUAUGAGGAGAUCGAUGUUAAAGGCCUGUCGUCCGCUGGGGUUCCGUGGUCAGACUGCAGCGCUCUGAGCGGUGACGUGCGAGGAAUAGAAUACCGCAAGACUAGUGACGUCACUAGCGGACAGUUUGAGAGGGAUAACGCCGGCGAACCGGAGACACCCAACUUCCAAGACAAGAGAAAACAAAGCACGACCGCCAUUAGCGGGGGUCUGGCGGACUGGCCCAGUGAAACAAACAGACGGAAGAAGAAAGCCGGUUAUAAUUUGAAAUCCGCGUGGUGAUCGUAAGCAUUACUUUAAAAAUGCGAUUAGGUUCCAGAAUCUUUAAAAAAUAUUAAAGGUUUCUAGGUCUAUGCUAUUUGUUAUACAAUUAAACUUUUUCGAACAAAGCAACUUUUAGAAUGUUCAAAGUCAUACAUUCUUUAUGCUGUUUUAUAAAACAAAAAGUAUUAUUUGAAAAAACCCCCACAAAAAAUAAACAAAGAAAAAACUAUAAAUGUUUUGAUUUGUUUAUAUUUCUAAAUAGUUUUGUUCAAAUAAAAGAAUUUUGAUGAAAAGAUCGUCAAAUGAAUACUUUUAGAAUCUUGAACAGAAUUAUACUUACUUUAAGAAAAACGAAAACAAAGCAGGCUAUUUACCCCCCCCCCCCUCCCCCCAAAAAAACCCCCACAAAA